AUGCUCGUGACGGUCUGGGUGUACUCCAACGUUGAGGAGGUCGAGCUGAUACAUCCAAACGGCACCUCCUUGAGUCGGCAGAAGUCGACCCCUUGCUCUCACGUGGAAUGGGAGGUACCGUUCCUUGCCGGCAAGCUGACGGCCAAAGGAUACGUGAAGGGCCAGGUGGUGCAGACAGCCACAGUCCACACGACACAAGGGCCAAAGGCGCUUCGACUCCGCAUCAAGGACGGUGUCGGCGAGGGCGGAGUCAUCGCAAACGGACAGGAUGUAGCGCUUCUUUCAGUCGAUGUGGUCGAUGCACAGGGAAGCGUCGUCCCCACGGCGGCCUCAAUGGUCACAUUUUCCGUUGAGGGCGGCGGUGGCGCCAGGAUCCUCGGGACAUCAAACGGAGACCCAGCGAGCCUCGAGUUGAACACCUCCCCUGUUCGGCGAGCCUUCGGGGGACGGCUCAUGGCCGUGAUUCGGCCGACCGUGCCCGCGCGGGGUGCGCUCAGAGUUACCGCCACAUCUCCUGGGCUUGCAUCUGACAGCCUUGAGCUAGAGGUGCUCUCUACGUCCUCGGCUGGGUCAGAGGCCGUGAUCGUUUGA